UUUCUGGCCUCAAGUUGCACAAUAUUUUCUCAGCUCUCGUGAAGCGCACGUGCGUUGUCCCAAGUGGCGAAAGUUGCUUAAAAGUUUACUUUAUUAAUUUAUUUUUGCUUUUAAGUUUUCUAAGCUCACAUCUUUUACAAGCGUUAAGGGUUACAUCUUUUUCUAUUUUAUUUUUUAAAGAGUAACCAGCGAUCUCAGCGUCUUGUGCCUGCAAAAAUAUAUUUUUUGUUAGGCCUACUACAGCUGUGACAAUUUCGUAUUUAGGAGCCUAGAGGGUUACAAUUUCUUUAGGAACUCAAGAAGAGUUCAAAAAAUUCUAUUCAAAAUGGUUGCUCAAAAGAUCACCGUCUGUCCGUAUCAAGGAGACGAUAUCGGAAAACAACAUAAAUUCAAACCAAACGAAAGACAUGGUUUUUUCACAAACGAAUGUCAGUACUUCGAAUCUUUUGAAAGUGGUAGACAUAGAUCGCUUAAAGUCCGAAAAGAAUCAACAGGUGAAGCCUGCCCACGGAGAAAAUACCGGCGGAACGACCGUAUCAACCCCAUCAUCGCCCGUGGCCACAACCAGCUUUUCCGAGGAAUAUUUGAAACCGGAGCCGUUAUUCCUGGAAACAAUGUUUCACGAAACCGACUGCGAAUUCUUCCAAGACCUGGUAGGCUGGUGCGCACCACCAGUCGAGGAAAAAAUAGUACCGUUCACUGAUUCUCCACAUAAACCGGAAGUAAGGGCAUCCCAAAACAAUACACUAUACAAUCAAUUCUCACCGCAAGGUUGGGACGUAGUCGACGCUAACUCGCCGUUUGCCCAAACAAUUAAUCAAAUACCUAGCUACCCCGUGUCACCUAGUGUGGACGGAUUGGCAGAUUUUAAUUCUAAUUUUUUUAAUAAUGUAAAUAGAAUAGGGGACAAUAAAGUCCCAUUCCAAGAGCAAUUUGUCGAUAUCAAUACUUUACCGGUGGUAAUAUGCGACUUAGCGUCUGAAGUUGUGACUGAUACGAAUCCGUGGCAAGCGACAGACACUGUCUGGCAGAAUGUCCACGACAUAGAUUACACUAAACAAAUCUCUCAUACACAUAACACAAUGCCAAUGCCCUUUAUUCACCAAGAUGACUCCCUGGACAUGAAAUUUGUUUCGGUCACGCCCCGGGAGGUGGAAAAUAAUGAUGUUGUAGUUUCCGAGUGCAUUAUCGACAAAGAAGAGGAAACCAAGGAAUUUGAGCUACUAGCGCGGCCGGAGAGGCGUGGCGGUCUGCUCUCAGUAAAUACACAGAUAUGGCAAAACAACAUUGAUAUUUUAAACACGCCAGACGUCCUCAGUGUUGUUGAACAAUUGGAGAAAGAGAAAUGCUUAUCUCCAAGUUCAAGCACAGUAGUGGUGCCUGAGCAUGAAAAAAGAACCGAAAAUACAAAAACAGAAGAAUCUGCAAUACCAGAAGACUAUGAACCUAUUACUCCAAAAACUGAAUCUACAGUGGAUUCUGAAGAGGAAAUCAUUAAACCUACUCUUAGGAAAAGGAGACGCAAUGAUAGUGAAGAUUCAGAUGAAACUUACUCACCUUAUACUGAAAAUUCACCUCGGAAGUACAGAAGGCGUAAGCCUAGCAUACCUAUCAAGGAAAUGAUAAAAGCACUAGAGGGUGCACAGCAGCCAACAAAGACUCGAAGGGGUAGACCUCCUAAAAGAAGAGACAGUAUAGUAUCAACAGUGAGUAAUAAUUCAUCUAUAUCUACACAUGAAAUGAAAUACAGAGAAUUAAGGGACAAGAAUAAUGAAGCUUCAAAAAGAUCUAGAAUGAACAGAAAAAUAAAAGAGCUACAAAUGGAACAGCUGGCUGAUGAAUUGGAAGAGAGAAAUAAGAUCUUGAAAGUACGAGCAGACUUACUUGAAGAUAUGACAAAGAAAUUGCGAGAUGCACUUAUGUCUGCCGUGUCUCAGAAAAAAACUGGAUAACGACAUUAAAAUUAGUGUUUAGCACUUUUUAAUUUAUUAUAAUCUAAAUCUAAAGAUUUAGUAAAUGUUUGAAGGGCUUUACGUAAUAGUUACUUUAUGUAAAAAUAUAAUGUAGAGCACAAAUGGCGAUGACGAUAUGAGCAAGUAUACUAUAUAUUGCUCUUAUUUUUUUUUACAGACUUGAUGACAAGUCUUCACGGAUUGACUUCAUUGAUGUAUUAGAUAUUAGAUUCUUUAUUACUAAAUACUAUGAUAUGAAUUUUCAAUUAUAUUUUACAGAAUUCUUAAGUUUUACAUAUUUCUGUCAUAUUAACUUUCGAAGUUAUAAGUAUGUUGAGCAAAAAAAAUAAUUAUACGAUUAAUCUUGUAUUCCAUGGAGAAUUUAUUUGUUAGUUUCUUAACUUUUACAUGUUAACUGCUUGAAAUAGAUUUAUUGUUUCUGAAUAAAAUUAUGUCAUCUUGUUAAAA